UGUUUUUUCGCCGCAACCACAAACCGACAGGCAGAUGUCAACACUUUCCUCCCUUAGGAGAAGAGUUUGUUCUUUCCCGCCCGCCUGAACUGCAGUUAGUAACCCGCCAUGGUUUCUUAUUCUGCGUCCGUCUCCCUUGGCCGCAAUCGUCUCUUCCGGAUUCCCGCUCGCUCAUUCUCGUGCACGACUCAACCCGUGCGACUGCGUUGUGAAUCGAUCUUGGUCCACUCACCCACAAGGACCCCAUCCCGUUUUCGCGUCGUUGCUCGCUCAUCUCGACCGCAGGCCUGCUAUCCGUACCCUAUCAAACUCGUCGACAAUCGGCCGUUCACUGCUGGACGUCGCGGCCGGCACGAUGGCCGAGGAUGACCGGUCUAUCAGGAGAUCGCUUGCCGCCCAAGACGACAUCGUCCGGGAGCUUUUACAGGACGAUGUCGAACACGGUGUGCUCAUUCCGCUGAAGACCACUCUCGAACUCCGAGAUGACUACCAAACAGGCCGGGUGUUGGUCACCCGGACCCCAACCAAGGCGGCCAAUCCGGCCAUCAUGAUGCUGCGCAGUCUGCUACCUGAUGAAAUCAUUAAGGGUGUUCCUCACUUACGCAGGUGCGCCAAGCCGUCGGACCUGCCUGCUCAUCUCAAGGCGCAGUUCAUGAACGAGUCGGCACAGAGCCGGCAAAUACACACGGGAAAGUCGAACUGGAUCUACAUAAUCGUGGGACCUGAGAACAUGCUCAACCGCGACGAGGUUAUUCGGGCGCUGUCUUCAGUGGAGGGCAUGGAAGGGGAGGUGUUCGUCCGCAGUAUUCCCGUUCCUAUGGUCUCGCCGACGUCCCAGGUCCAAGCUGCCAUGUGGUCACAACACUUCUGGCCCGCUUUAUACCGGAAGAACAAUCCGCUAGGGCCACAUCCUUCAAUGAUUACCCGCCAGACGGACGAGAUAGCAGACGAUGCUGCGAUAUGGAUGGCGCUGGCGCACCAGGUGGCGAGGCAAUCCCACCAUAAAGGCUACGGGCAGCCCGUUGGGGCCUGUAUCAUUCAGCGUGACGAGGGCAGGACGACGAUUGUUGCGUUGGCGGGUGAUGCUCGUUGGCACCAUCAGGACAAGGUCGGUUGUACGGGAAACCCCAUGGCUCACGCAGCCAUGCGCGCCAUCAGCAUUGUCGCCCAGAAACUCGUUCGAGCCGAGAACCGCAAGACACAGACCAAACAGGCGCCCAUACUGGAGUUUGAAGCCUUCCAGGACAGUCCGAUUCUUGAGGAUGAAAGGAAGGUUUUUGACAGGGAGCACCCGAACCCUGAUGGCUACCUCUGCCACGGGCUGGAGAUGUACCUCACUCACGAGCCAUGCAUCAUGUGCUCGAUGGCCAUUCUGCACUCGCGUAUGGGCAAGGUUGUCUUCCGUCAUCGUAUGCCGUUGACGGGCGGGCUCAGCGCGGAGGAUCGUGGCCGGGGCCAUCCUUCCCUCAAGGGGGCCGAUGGCGGUCGUGGUCUCGGCUUGUUCUGGCGCCGGGAGUUGAACUGGAGCAUGGUCGCCUGGGAGUGGGAAUCUGGCGGCUGCCUGAAACCGCUCAAGCUUGACCUGUCCGUCCACGCCUAGUACAGCCUAGUGCAGCAACGGGGAUAGACCGCUUCAAAGGCGGGGAAGUAUGUAUAGUCUUGGGGAUCUUAUGUGCAUUAUUGGUUUUGGUUUUGCA